GUGAAAGUUGUGUCAUUACAAGGCUACUUACUAAUUUGGAUGUGUUCACUAUCGUGGCAGGCUCUGUUUGAAUAGUACGAAUAAAAAAUAUUAAAAAAGCUUAGUAGUACGAAAAAAAAUAUUAAAAAGAUUAAACCUUUGCAGUACGAAAACAAAAUAUAUUAAAAAAGCUAUUAAGAAUAAAAUAUAUUAAAAAAGAUUGAACCUUGCGAGAAAUAUAUAGCUACAAUGGAGAUUGGACCCCUGACUUCUGCCGAUAUAAAGCAGUUGUGGAAUCAGGUGGUCACUCAAACGGGUGUCGAUAAAUACAACUCUGACGAAUGGCAAGGACACUACGAGCAGUUCUGGAAGUGUAUGGUGACCACCUUGGAACCAUACGUAGUGGUUCAAUCUGUCAAGCAAUUCCUCCCCGGUUUAGAAAUUGAUGGCGAGCAAUCCGAUGACCCAAUCAAACCUCCGCCUCAGACGUCGACACAGGUGCAGCCGCCUGUUAUAUCGGAUUCAAUAUCGGCGCUACGAAUACCACGUGUGAAGCCCGAUAAUAACUCCACAGGAAGCGUGCCAUUUGACCAUAUACCAGGCGGUAUACCAAAUGAGCUGAAUAGUGAGCCGCAGCCGCUUCCACGUCAGAAGCCUAGAUUUGAGGAUUAUAUGGAGCAACAGCCACGCAAUGACCAAGAAGAGAUAAGUCAGUGGCAUCUUCAACAGCAGCAAGAGCAACUUGCAUGGCAAGAUUUAAAUAGCCGAGCUGGAGGAAUUGGUCCAGUUAAAGGACGAAAAAGGUCACGCGAACGUUAUCCACAUCAACAACAAAUUGAACAACAAUAUCUUCAAGAUGAUGGUCAACAACACUAUAAUCGUCAGCUAGAGUUGGAAAAACUUCACAAUGCGCAACUAACGGAACCGAUUCCUGGACAGAACAAUCAGGAACAGACAUUGUCCGAGGAGUUAAAGACGAAACGGAAACGAUCUCGUCGUGCACAUCCGGACAGCCAAUUGUCACCGAAAAAACUUACUCUAGAUAAUGUGGAGGAUUAUAUCCAACAACAAGAGGGCUUUAAGAUUUUCUCCAGCGAGGCCGACCGAAAGAAAGACUUGCUCUCAAAGCUCAAGUCCGAAGAAUUUUGUAUAUCGACAUUUAUCAGAACUGGCAAUGAGAAAAUCGAUUCCGUUUCCGAUCAAGACGUGGAGAAUAUACUCAUUGAAGAUAUCUUUCAGCUAGCUGAUAAAAAACGAAUCACCAAUGACAAGUCGCCAACAGAAACGAUUCCAGAAUCGCCCUAUAACUCUGACGAGCAAAUCGAUAAUUGGCUGCAAAGUUUCCAUGUCGAGCAAGCACCACCCCUUGAACUCAACGCAGCUUCCAUUACAGAUUUCUUCAAACACUUACCGAAGCUACCGAAGCUAGUUGAAAAAACUGAUGGGAUAAAAUCUGUAGUGGGGAAUGUGUGUUUAUGGGACCCUAUGGAGGCGAAUAAAGAUCCACCAAAACCUCAAGCACACAAGAAAACCGUGAAAGGGGAUAAGCAAAAACCAACGAAUAAAUCGAAGCAAGGAGCCUAA